AUGAAAAAAGCAACUGAUGGUGCUUUAUGUAUAACUUCAAUCUGUAUCCAUAGUUGAGAAUGAAUACCUUGCCUUCUAAGAAGAUAAGUUAUUCGCCAAAAUGAGGAAAAAACAAGUAUGACUUCGUUUAUAAUGGAGGAACGAGAAUUGGAGUAAUUGAAAUUGUAUGAGCGAUAAAAGGCAGAAUAGGAGAAACGCAAGUUCUCCAUCCUCGAAUAGACCAAAUCUAAACAAUAGUAAAUUGAAUAGACUCUGAAGGAGAAGAAAUUAUUGGUAACAUACAGUCAAUAUUAUUUUUAGAUAGAGUUGAAGAAGAAGGAGAAAGAGAAAGAGAAGUUGCUUAAAAUCCAAAAAGUAGAACAGGAACAUUUGAAGGAAUUAGCCUAAAAUGAAUUAUCAAAAGAUUAAGUCAUGGAGUAACUCAAAAGCAAUUAAAACAAAGAGGAAACCAUUUUGGCUAAUCCAAAUAAGAAAUCAAAUGUUAAAAAGUAUUACUUGCAAUCCAUUUUAGAAUAGCUGAAGGAAUAGUCAAAACUCAAUAGGAAGAGAUUCUAAUCAAAAAAAUGCAAUUGGAUAAGAAUUAGAAAGAAUAGGAGGAAUUGUGGAAGGAAUUGAAUGACAAUAAGGAAUAGCUAUUUAAUGAAUUGAAAUUGGCUAAGUAGAAAUAAAUUAAGAAGAUCAAAUAGAGAAAUGAAGAUGAGAAAAAUGCUUAUUAUCAGGAAUAACUGUAGAAGAUAGAAUAAUAUAAAAAGAAAUUAGAUGACAUCGAACUUAAUCAAUUAACUAAAUAGGAAUUAUUGGAACAGAAGAAAAAAGAAAAGUUAGAAAAAUUGAAAAAAGUUAUGGUAUUGAUCCAUCAUUUAUUGAAUUUAGUAAAACUAUAAGAAAAUUAUGUCAGAAAAAAGUGAGAAGGCCUAAUUGAAAGUAUAACAAGUUGAGGAGAAGAUCAAUCUGAUAUAAGACAGAAUGAAAUAGGCAGAAGAUAAGAUAGAGUAAUAUGAAAAGGAUAAAAAUAAUCAUAGAAAGAAUGUACUAUAGAUAGUUAAUCGUAGAUUAAAUCAAAGAACGGCAACAUUCUAAAUAAUAAGAAUGAAACAUUUCAAGAGAAGUUAAGAUAAAAGGAUGAGGAGCAUUUAAAAUCUAUUACUGAAACUUAAUCCUUAUCUAGAUUGAAGUAAGAGCAGGAAAGGCAGAAAAAGGAAGAAUAGAUUAAGGAACAUAAAAAAAAAGCUGCAGAAAUGCUUAAAGAUAUUGUGGAAACAAAAAAUAAAAAAUUAUAAGAGAAACUAGAAAAAGCACAACAAUUUAAGGAUGAUAAAGAGAAAUUAUUCUAAUAACAAUAAAUGCUAGCCAAAGACAUUGAGCGUUAAAAAAAAUAAAUAUUACUGAAGAGUCCUAAAAACAAUCAUGUAGAUUAGUGA